AUGCAUAAAACUAGUGCUAAAACGAUUAAAAUCCGUACAUAUCAAGAUCGUUUUCAGAUUCCUGAUGAGGAGGGAGAACAAUCUAAGGAGCAAGGUUACCAAGCUCCAACAGGACCACCACCAGAAUUCCAACCUCAACAAGCUCUGCCUCCUCAGGCACCAGAUCAUGACAUGAAAAAAAUAUUGCAGCAGAUAUUACAAAGACAUGCAAGUGGAUCUAUAGAGUCCGCUAAGAAGUUUGCAGAGAUGAAUAAUAAGAUGGACUGCACAUACAAUUCUCUCAAUCUCAAGAUUGAAUCUUUAACCUCUAGAAUGCUUCACCUAGGAAGAAAGAAUUCAUCUACUUCUUCAUGGCAACUCUCAGGGAAAGCCAUCCACGACCCCAAAGAGUCUCGCUGUGGCCUAGGAGCUUCAUUUAGUCUCAUGCCUUACUCUGUGGCUAGAAGGUUAGGCUUUACACAGUACAAAUCGUGCAAUAUAUCCCUCAUCUUGGCAGACAUAAUGGUUAGGGUUCCACAUGUCUUAUUGGAAGAUCUCUCGGUAAAGACAGGUGAAAUAGAAAUACCAACUGACUUCAUUGUUUUAGAGAUGGAUGAUGACCCUCAAGAUCCAUUAAUCCUAGGAAGACCAUUCUUAUCUACAGUAGGAGCAAUCAUUGAUGUCGGGAGAGGGAUGAUUAAUCUCAAUCCGGGUAAGAACUUCAAGAUGAAGUUUGAUAUCAAGGACGUGUUGAGUAAGCCAACAUUUUAA